AUGCAAACCAAAAAAAAAAUAGAAAGUUCCAAAGGAAGAGGGACACAUAACCAAAAUGUUUUGAAGAAGAGUUCCGCAGGCACGAAGAAACAUUCAGAGACAAAUGUAAGACACAUUGAUAAACUAAGAAUUUUAAAUGAAAUAAACAAUCAAGGAAAGAAAAGUACUCUUAUAAAAGAUAUAGAAAAAGUAAAUGAAAGAGAAAGAUUUUUAAAUAAAGCAAAAGAGAAAAAUACAAUGACAGAGAAAAAAAAUAGAAAUAGAAACAAUACUAGGAGAAAUGCACUCAAGCUUAAUGAGGAGAAUAGAAAUAAAAAUAUGAAUGAAAAAGAGAAAAAAAAAAAAAAAAGUGCUCAUUCCAAGGGAAUAAAUAUGGAAAAUUUCCAACUAAAGGAAAGGAAUAAUAGUGCACAAGUAAUAACCAAAAGUAAUAGAAGAACUUGUAAAGGCAGAAAAACAUCCCCGAUAGGAAUGCUUAUGCCACAUGAUGGUAUCCGAGAAGAAAAAAAUAUAUCCAAGUUGAUCCAAGGAUUAAACAAAGAACGAAUAAGCGGAAAAGAAAAAGGUAUAAGUGGAAACAAGGGAGAUACGAAAGACAAUAAAGGCAAUACUUCAUCUAGCAGUGAUGAAAAAAAUAUAAAAAAUUAUCCUAAGAAAAACAAGAUUGAAGAGAAACAAAAUGUGAAAAAUGUAAUGAAAGAAGAAAAGAAGAAGGAAAGCAAUAUUUCUAAUUUAAAAAAACAUAGAAAUACUAAUAAAAAUAAAAAAGAUCAUAUCGAAAUCGAUGAUAGUAAUAUAUACAUUGUAAUAGAUGGUUUAAAUGAAAAUCUAAAUGACAUAAGUGCAAUCAUAAACAAGUUAAAUAUAACAAAUGACACGUACAAUUUUUUGAAAAAUAAUAAAAGUCAUAUGGGAGAAGAAAAAGUGAGGAAUACCAAUUACUCGCUCUUGAGAAAGUCUCGUCGAAUGGGUAUUAAUAGUGCAGCAGAAGUGGACGAAGCGGAGGAAGCAGGGGAAGCAGGGGAAGCAGAGGAGGAUUUUGCGGAUGAUGAAGACGAAGAUGGGGGCGAAGAUGAGGGCGAAGAGGACGCUAGAGAUAAUUGUGUGCAUAAUUAUGGGGACGAUUGUGGGGACGAUUAUGAAGAUGGUGAAGAUGAUGAAGAUGAUGAGGAUGAUGAAGAUGAUGAGGAUGAUGAUGGUGAAGAAGACGAAGGGGACUACGACUUUGAUAAUAAGAGUGUUUCAAUAAGAGGAAUAGGGGAAGACUCAACAAAUGAUGAAUUGGAAGAUAUGGAAAUUAGCAAAAUUUAUGAGUCCUUUAAAUCAGAAAAUACAUAUCCAUCCCCCAUGGAUGCCAAUGUGGAAGAAGCCCAAACACAGGAUGAGAAGGAGAAAGGUCUUAUUGAGGAGAUCUACUGUAGUAAAGAAAAAAAUGAUCAAGAUCGAGGAAAUAAAAAAAACGCAAAGGAAAAUCCAAAUAAUAAAAUGGAGAAAAAAAAUCAGAAAGACGAAUUUGAUCUGAAGGUAGUAGAAACGUUUCUUAUAAAUCACUUCGAUUGUAGCCUAAGUUUGGUAAACAAAAAAAAUAAAGAAAUGAAUAAUGACGAGGUAAGCAGCUUGCGAGAUGCUCAGAACUCAGAUACCAUUUUGUGGAAAGGGGAAAGUGGCUUGAAUAACAAGAAGAUACAGGAAAAUGAAUCGAUGCAUAUGGUAGAGACAGUCCACGGAACAGAUGCAACCAAGAUGGUAGAAUCAUUCCAGAGGGAGGAGGUAACCCAUAUGGUAGAGUCCAUCAAGAGGGCACAAGAAACCCAUAUGGCAGAAGCAAUGGAAGAGAGGCGAAAAAGGAAUGAAGUGUCAACAGUACCAUUUGUGCAGGGAUUGCAAGAGUUGCGACAUUUACAAAAUUUGCGUGAGAAAACCGAAGAAGAAGAAACAGAAGAAAGGAAAAGAAAAAGGAGAAAAAAAUUGGAUGAUAAGGGAAAACAAGAGAAAUUAAAGUUUAACCAGAAAGAAAAAGGAGAUUUGGAAAAUAAACAAUUAGAAAGGUUGUAUAAAAAAAUUAAUAAAGCUGAUAUGAAUAAUCACCACCAAAGAGUGCAAGAAUUUGAAAUGGAUUCAAAUAAGGGAGAUGAAUUUAGUUAUGAGCAAUACAGUAAAAUAUUCAAAUUAAUUUCAAUAUCGAAGGAUAUUUCAAAGUAUAAUAAGAAUAAUAAUAUUAUUUACGACAGCGCUGAUACUGGUGAUGUCGCUUCCUCUGUUGUUUCUGUUGAUAAUGAAAUUAAUGAAAUGAAUUCUGAUCAAAACAUGAACAUCAAUGGAAAAGAAAGGAGAAAAGCGAUUGAAAAAUUUGAUGAAAAUGAAUAUAAGCAAAAGGGGUCUACUAUGAUUCUUUCGCUAAAUGCAGAAUGUGUGAAAACGAAUGCGUAUGAAAAGAAGGGUAAUAAAAAAGGAACAAUAAAAGAUUUUAAAAUGAUAGAAGAACAGGGAGAGGGGAAGGAGGAGAAAAAAAAAAAAUUGAAAAAAAUAUACACCAAUGAAUGGAACGAUAAAAGUGACCCAAGAACCGUUGUAUAUUCGAAUCAAAAGGAUGUUAAUCUUAAUGAACAAUACUACAACCAAGAAAAAGAGAAAAAUUCAAUGAGUAGUAAUUGUCAACAAGAAAGAGGUGAUGUAUCUGGAGGUGUUAACAUUCAAAAUAACAAGAGAAAAAAUUCACAUGAACAACAUACCCUCCACAAGGUAAGUAAAAAAUUAAAAAAGAAAGAAAAUGUGGAUGAUGAGGGUAAUGAUUGCGAAGAUGAUAAUGUUGGUAUAAUUAACAAAAUGGUAGAGUUUGAGAAAAACACACAGGAUCCAAAUAUGGUAAUAAUUGUUGGAGAUAAUAUUAAAGCGUUAGUGAAUAACGAAAUAAAAGAUCAUGCUACUGAAACCAGUAAAGCAGAGUUCGAAAAUGUCAAAUAUGGAACAAAUGAAGAUACAGAUACAGAUACAAGAGGGAUGCAAUGUGUAAGCAACAUAUUCAUGCAGAUCAGUGCUAAAGAAGAGGAAGAAGAAAUUUGCAAAGAAAGCGAAAAAGAUCAACAGAAAAUGAAUUGUGAAGAAGAAAACUUGCCCUCAAUAAAAGAAUGGAAUUGUGAACAAACUCAAACAGACAUUUUGACAAAUCUAUAUGAAAAUACAAGCGGUGAGGGAGAAAAGGAGGAAACUGUUGAAGAGAUGCAAAGUGAUGAUAAGGAGCAACAAGAAGAGGGGUAUUUAGAGGGAGGCAAAGAGAAAUUUGAAGACAAAGUUGUGGAGGUAGCAGAAUCGAGAGACGUGGAGCAUGACCAGGUAGAUGUAGAAAAGGAGGAGGAAGUAUCGGAAAAUGUAGAUGUCAUGGUGGAAAUGGAUGUACAGGAAAGCAAUAGUGUGCUAGAAGACGUGGUAGAAAAGGAAAGCGAGAGUGUAUUGGAAGACGUGGUAGAAGAAGAAAUCAAAGGAGUAACAGGAGAAGCGAAAGAAGUGGAAGACGAAAUUAUUGUUGUAGAGGAAGUAGAUGUAGACAUUGUGCACAUUGGAGAAAUUGACGUAAGCAAAGAAGCAAAGGAAAAGGAGGGCGGGCAUGUAGAAGAAUUCCAACAAGAAAAGAUACACGCUGGUGAAGUGAUAGAAAAAGAGGAGGAAAAAGUGGGAGAAAUAGAAGUGGAAGAAGUAGAAAUGGAAGAAGUAGAAGUGGGAGAAGUAGAAGUGGGAGAAGUAGAAGUGGGAGAAGUAGUAUUGGGAGAAGUAGAAAUGGGAGGAGUAGAAAUGGGAGAAGUAGAAGUGGGAGAAGUAGAAAUGGGAGGAGUAGAAGUGGGAGAAGUAGUAUUGGGAGAAGUAGUAUUGGGAGAAGUAGAAAUGGGAGGAGUAGAAAUGGAAGAAGUAGAAGUGGGAGAAGUAGAAAUGGGAGAAAUAGAAGUGGGAAAAAUAGAAGUGGGAAAAAUAGAAGUGGGAAAAAUAGAAGAAUUCCAGGAAGAAAAGUUACACGCUGGUGAUGUGAUAGAAGAAGUGGAAGAAACGGUAGAAGAGGAAGAAGUGGGAGAAGUAGAAGAAGAAGAGAAGAAAGUAGUGCAAGCAGAAUCAGAUGAGAUUGAAGUAGUGGAAGCAGAAUGA